CCUCCCUCCCUGGUCGCCAAAGGCAUAAAUACAGGUGCGCUCACCUGGCGCGCAGGUAAGCGCCUCCCGCCGCCUCCUUUGCGUGUCUCCUUCGGGUUGUUUGCUGCGUGGACGCCUCUCCUCCCGGACUCUCGAUGGCCAACUCGGGCUUGCAGUUGCUGGGCUUCGCCUUGGCUCUGUUGGGCUGGAUCGCCACCUUGGUGGCCACCAUCAUGCCCCAGUGGCAGAUGUCCUCCUACGCCGGGGACAACAUCAUCACGGCCCAAGCCAUCUACAAGGGGCUCUGGAUGAGCUGCGUCUGGCAGAGCACCGGACAGAUCUCCUGCAAGGUCUUCGACUCCGUCUUGGCCCUCGACACCGCCACGCAAGCCACCCGGGCGCUGAUGAUAGUCUCCCUGGUGCUGGGGGCCCUUGCCAUGUGCAUUGCCAUCAUGGGCAUGAAGUGCACCCGCUGUGGAGGAGAUGACAAGACCAAGAAAGCCCGUAUCGCCAUGAGCGGAGGCAUCGUCUUCCUGGUUUCCGGUUUGUGUUGCCUCGUCGCUUGCUCCUGGAUCGGAAACCAAAUUGUGCAGAGUUUCUACAGUGCCCUGGUGCCCGUCAAUUCAAAGUACGAAUUUGGGGCGGCCAUCUUCAUCGGCUGGGCGGGGGCGGCCCUGUCGCUCCUGGGCGGGGGGCUCCUCUCCUGCUCCUGCCCCUCCAAAGAGGGCUACAGUGGGCGCUCCUACCCGCAAGGCAAGCCCAUCUCCAAGCCCCCCAGCAGCAGGGAAUACGUCUGAGAGAGAGGCCGGCGGAGCCCGCCUCCCACACACCUGCCCCAGGCACACCUGGAAUACACACCUGGACUCUGCCCGGCGCCGCACACCUGGCGGAUCUUGAACCUCGGCCCCCUCGGAGUGCCUUUUAAAUGUUCUGCAUUUCAUAACGCGUUUUUAAGAAACUUAAUUGUACUACUUUUUUAAAAUAAUAAACUGGCUUUGUAAUUAUUUAGGAGUUAGCCAUGUCUAUCCAUCUAGUCAUCCACUGAUCUAUC